AUGACCGAUAAUACAAAAUUAAAAUCACAGUUGAAAUAUCCUUCUAUUUUUGGUUGUAUUAUUGGGUCAAUUCUUUCAAAAGAAGAAACAUAUGUAAACAUUUAUUCUGAUAUUCCGAAGAUAAUUACAAAAAUCAAAUCAUCAAAUGGAAUUGCUAAAGUUGUUCAUAUAUAUCUUUUGUGGAUACCUUUACCUAAAUUUCCACCAGUUGCUAUUGCUCUUAUCCCUAAUAAUAAAGGAUCAGAUACUGUUGAUGAUAUUGAAAAGUUACAUAGAAAAUUGAUUGAAGAAAUUGCACAUCUUCAUAUUUUAUCAAUUGCAGAAUUUCAGGCACAACAAUCCGAUUCCUAA